AUGGCCAAGUAUGACUUGAAGCUCCUCCGGUCACUUCUAUCGCGCUCCGGGGGUCCUUCUCGUCCGUUCACCAAAGCCCAAUCUCGUCGUCUUGCGACCGAGAAGCCCCCAACACCACCAAACAACAAUGAGGACUUUGUCUCAAUAGUUGACGCACCUCCACGUCUGGUGCGCACCGGCCAAAAACACAGCAAAAUCGGCAUUGCCAUACUCUCGCUCAUCCCAAUCACUGCUUUUGUACUCGGCACCUGGCAAAUCCAACGGUUGGAGUGGAAGACCAAGCUCGUCGCAAGAUACGAAGAUCGUCUCGUGCGCCCACCACUACCCCUACCACCGAGGAUCGACCCCGAAGCUAUCCAUGAGUUUGACUACAGAAGAGUGUAUGCCACAGGGAGAUUCAGACAUGAUAAAGAGAUGCUCAUCGGGCCGAGGACGCAGGACGGGAAGGAUGGUUUCAUGGUGGUCACUCCUCUAGAACGAGAAGGUGGGAGUACUAUCUUGGUCAACAGGGGUUGGAUCAGCAAAGAGAAGAAAUAUCAGGUCGAUAGAGAUCCGGAAAGCUUGCCCAGAGGCGAGAUCACCGUUUCGGGACUGCUCAGAGAGCCUUGGAAGAAGAACUUCUUCACGCCAAAGAACCAGCCAGAGAAUGGCAAAUUCUAUUUCCCCGAUGUUCACGAAAUGGCAGAGGUUGUGGGCGCUGAACCUGUCUGGAUCGAAGAGACCAUGACUCCCGACUUAUUGGUUAGCUAUUCUCGGGAAGCGAGAGGGAUACCGAUCGGGAGAGCCCCAGAAGUCAAUCUGAGGAACAAUCAUUUGCAGUAUAUUUUUACAUGGUGA